GAUCAUUACGACGACAAGUAAUAAAAGGGCGCGCGUUUUUCUCGUCUCUGUCAGCCUCUCUUUCUCCCUUCGGCAGAUCAAAUUUCAAGAUCUCGCCACCCAGCGAUCGGCCUCUGCAAUCUGUUGUUCUCUGUAUAUAUUUAGGCUUCUCUCCCAACUUAAUCCGGCAAAUGAACAAUUAUUACUGAUUAAGGAGUUCGGGCACGAUCUAAAUUCAGUUUGAAGUUCGUCUCUAGGUUGAAGAUGGGCUCGGUACAGAACAACAUCAACAUGGAGGAAGGAACACUGGAGGUUGGCAUGGAGUACAGAACUGUGUCUGGAGUUGCUGGACCGCUGGUAAUACUGGAAAAAGUUAAGGGUCCCAAGUAUCAAGAAAUAGUUAAUAUACGACUUGGGGAUGGCACCACGAGGCGUGGUCAGGUUCUGGAGGUUGAUGGGGAGAAAGCUGUAGUGCAGGUUUUUGAAGGAACUUCAGGAAUCGAUAACAAGUACACUACUGUUCAGUUCACAGGGGAGGUUCUCAAAACUCCUGUGUCACUGGACAUGCUUGGUCGCAUUUUUAAUGGUUCUGGAAAACCUAUAGAUAAUGGACCACCUAUAUUGCCUGAGGCAUACUUAGAUAUUUCUGGAAGUUCUAUCAAUCCCAGUGAAAGGACUUACCCAGAAGAGAUGAUACAGACUGGAAUAUCUACCAUCGAUGUCAUGAACUCUAUUGCCCGAGGUCAGAAGAUUCCUCUAUUCUCUGCUGCUGGACUUCCCCACAAUGAAAUAGCUGCUCAAAUUUGUCGUCAGGCUGGGCUCGUGAAACGUUUGGAAAAAUCUGACAAUCUCCUGGAGGACGCAGAAGAUGACAAUUUUGCAAUCGUGUUUGCGGCUAUGGGAGUAAACAUGGAAACAGCACAGUUCUUCAAACGAGAUUUUGAAGAAAACGGUUCCAUGGAGAGAGUGACCCUCUUUCUCAAUCUGGCAAAUGACCCCACUAUUGAGCGCAUUAUCACCCCUCGAAUUGCUCUAACUACUGCAGAAUAUUUGGCUUACGAGUGUGGGAAGCAUGUCCUUGUCAUUCUGACAGACAUGAGCUCAUAUGCGGAUGCACUUCGUGAGGUAUCUGCUGCUCGAGAAGAGGUGCCAGGUAGACGUGGUUAUCCCGGGUACAUGUAUACUGAUCUGGCGACUAUAUAUGAACGUGCUGGGCGUAUAGAAGGAAGAAAAGGCUCCAUUACUCAAAUACCUAUCCUAACCAUGCCUAAUGAUGAUAUUACACAUCCAACUCCGGAUCUUACGGGGUACAUCACAGAGGGACAAAUAUAUAUUGAUAGGCAACUCCAUAAUCGACAGAUAUAUCCACCAAUCAAUGUGCUUCCAUCCCUCUCACGGUUGAUGAAAAGUGCUAUUGGUGAGGGCAUGACCCGCCGUGAUCAUUCUGAUGUGUCAAACCAGUUGUAUGCAAAUUAUGCAAUCGGGAAAGAUGUUCAAGCAAUGAAAGCAGUUGUUGGAGAGGAGGCGCUCUCAUCCGAGGAUUUGCUCUAUCUGGAGUUCCUGGACAAGUUUGAGAGGAAAUUUGUAACGCAAGGAGCUUAUGAUACUCGCAACAUCUUCCAGUCACUUGAUCUUGCAUGGACUCUUCUCCGUAUUUUCCCUCGGGAACUUCUCCAUCGUAUACCUGCAAAGACGUUGGAGCUGUUCUACAGCCGAGAAGCUGUGCACUGAGCUGCCAAUAUAUGUGCUUACUCGAGAAUUUUACUGUGAGAUGCCGUGAAUAAAUAUGAUGGGAUUCUUUUUCACCUGAAUUCUGCCCUCUGUUUCAUUUGUGGGGCUACUGUAGUGUUUGGUAUUUACAUACUGGCAAGAAACGAAUGGUUUAGCUUAUGACUGUGUGCAAAAAUUCGGCAUGUAUCAUAAUAUUUUUAGAGGGAAAACACAUUUCCAGGUUUGAACUUGUCUGCGUGUAUUCUUUUUAAUGAGAAGUGAGAAUUGGCAAAGUAAAAGGGGAGUUUCCUAUGUU